AAAGCAGAGCACAAAGCGUACUGUGGUUCAGUGUGAUGUUUCCUUGUAAUGAAAGUUUUUCAGGCACAUCACAGAUGUCAUACUAAAAGUAGUUAAAUUAGGAAGGAAGGGGCUUGGUCUAAGAGCAUAUUCUAAGUACGGCAGCACUCUGAUGGUCCAGUUCUGUCAUCUUUGUCAUUACACUGAGUGCUAUAUAACGUUUUUACUAACUAAUGAAAAAAAAAACAAAUCUAAGCAGCGAGAAUUUAUGGAUAUUAAUAGUGUUGUUUUUCCUGAGUUGCAGUUUGUGUCUGAUUUUCUAAAGAGGAAGUAUUAUUCUAAUAAAGUGAAUUUAACAGCCCUGCACUGCAUUUGAAACGGUCUCCACUGCAGUUGUGGCCUUAAUUUUGAUUUAUCUGCAGUCGAGAACAUGGCAAGACUUCUGCUGCUGCACGUGAUUUUUCAUGGCAUCCUGUUUAGUGGUACUUGGACAUGGUCAGUAACAAUGCCAGGGAGCAUUAAAGGCCUAUAUCGUUCCUGCCUGGUUAUACCAUGUAGAUACUCCUACUACUCAUAUCCACCUACAAACCCUUAUCGAGUCGUGUGGUAUCAGUAUGUUAGUCGUGGAUACCCUUUAGUGUAUGAUAGUUGGCACCCUGGAUCAGUGAUUGACAAGUUCAGAGGAAAAACCAGUUUAUAUGGAAGCACAUACAGGAGGGGCUGCAGCCUGCUGAUUGAGGACCUUGAUCAUUCCCACCAUGGAGAAAAACUUUAUACCUGGAUAGACCCAGAAAAUGUUGGAAGCAGUACUUACACAUUCUAUGAUGUUACCAGUACGAUUUAUAUUGAAACAUCAGCACAACCACCCAGCAUUGACAUUUAUGGAGGAAACCGAAUUGGGGAAACUGUCACUGUUCAGUGUAGCACAUCCCACACCUGCCCUUACAGAAAUCCCACUCUGACUCUGAGUGGGAUAGAAGGAACAGAUGGCAGCCCGGAACACACAUACAUUGGAAGUGGCACCUGGAAAAUCACACUGAUACGUACAGGGAUUGUUACAUCUGUUAACCAGAGAGUUGACUGUGUGGUCCGACAUCCUGGAGGCCUUUCAGCUUCAGCUACUAGAACACACACUGCGACGUGUCCCAUUUACACACCCCAGAUUACACCUGAUUCCAGCACAGAGUUUCUUGAGGGAGUGGAAACAGACAUCGUUUGCUCGGUUAUGUACAAGUGCCCCGGAGAUCGACCUUACAUCACUUGGAAUGGUGGACAGUUACCUGGCAGCAUGUCUUUUGUACCAGGAGCACAACAGGAAGCUAGAUCAACACUAAAAUUCACUGCAAGGGCUACUGACCAUGGGAAAGUCCUUACCUGCUUCGUAGAAUUUAAAGGAAGUGUUCAAACAGAGAGAAUUACUUUAAAAGUGAAGCGGUCAAUGUUCUCCCGUGAAUGGACCUUCUCCAUGCCCAAUGCGAUCAGAGGGGUCCGGGGCUCAUGUGUGGUCAUUCCCUGCAGUUUUGACUUCAAAACCUCCAAGCCCAGGAAUGUCAAUGUGAAAUGGUAUGAAUUCUCUGAAACACAGUAUCCUUUAGUGUACGAUCAAUCAACACAGAAAGUCGUCCCCAAGUUCAGAGGGAAGACGAGCUUGUACGGAUCUCCAAAUGAGGGAAACUGUAGCUUGAAGAUCCAGCAUCUUGAACUGCAGCAUAACCAGGAGAGACUGUAUCCAUGGAUGGAUCCAAAGUCUAUUGUAACUUACCACAGAGAAAAUUACCUUGAAGUAACGAUCGCCCUUGAAGUAACAGACAUUAUUGAGAAACCAAAGGUGGAUAUUAUUGGCAGUGAGCAGGUCGGUGAGCCGAUCACCUUGUCCUGCAGUGUGAUGCACACCUGUCCUCCAACACCUCCAACACUGAGCUUCAGUAUCUCCCAUGGAACUGAACGUCUGCUGCACACACCCCUAAAUGAAGGCAAAUGGAAGAUAACCAAAGAAAUUACAUGGAACCUCCAGGAGGAUGAUGUUUCUGUUACUUGCACUGUUAGUUACCCAAGUGGACAGACUGCUGUGACUGAAGUCAGGUUCUACCCCUCAUGUGAGUCUCAUACAGUAUAUUGCUGUUGUUGGAAGAAUACAUUGUAUCUCCAAAAUGACAACUUGACAGGAAAAGGGUUGAUCCUUAAAAAAAUCAAAAGGGAAGGUGGCUUCUCAGGGAAAAAGUUUGAAUAUGUGUGGGGGGAAUGUGUUUAUUAUAGUUAUGCUUCAGUUUGA